AUGUACCCCUUUAAGGGUGUGGAAUUGGAACAGCUAUGGAGUAGCACAACCUCCUCCCUCGUGAGAGGUAUCAUCCAGUGCUUCAAAGAUGCUCCAAGAAGGAAGGGAUUCAUUCUUCUUCCAUUCCUCUUCAUAGGUUCCUUGAAUUCCCAUUCUGUCUCAUUCCUGGAGGGAUGUGAAAAGAUAGUCAAGCUUCACCCUCAAAACCUAGAAGUUACAGCAAUAGAAGAGAUCAUUGACCUAGCAGAAGAGCAGAUUGACAUCCCAGAAGUUCCUACAAGCUUGCCUAUUAAUUUACAGGGGAAUAAUAUAGGUUAUGUGGAAAAUGACAGCGAGAAUAAGGUGACAGUGAAACAUCCUCCUGGCAGCAGUCCAAAUACACCAACACCCCAGAAGAAUAAUCAGUCUAUCAAGAGGGGUAGGGGUGAGGGAAGGAGAAAAAGAGGAUUUGGUAAGGAAUUCCCAUGUCAUUCAAGUGCCAAACAUUUGGAGAAAUUUGUGACAGAAAAAGAACCUGAAGAGAAUGCUCCACCCUCAGUCACUCCUCCUGUUCAAGCUCCUCUGCAUUGCAUUGAAGGUGAUAGUGAUAUCUUCAUCCAGUUUCAAACCAUAUCAAAACCAGUCAGUGAAACACAUCCCAAAGCAGAUGUGGUGACUGUGAAGAAGCAUGGAAGGGCUAGGAAGUCAAAAGGAUGUAGUAAAAAAUCUACAACAGACUUGGAUAGAAUGAUCACAGGAGAAAUCGAAAUCCUUCAAACUGAUCCAGCCCAUGAGCAAGAAGUUGUGGCAGAUUCAUUCCAUGAAACAAAUUUACAUGUGUUAGGAAUAGGAGAUUGGGCACCAAGUCACAUUGAGAAUGAAAAUUUAGGAGUUGUCAUGAGUGGAAGAGGAGAGACAGUUGAGAUUCAAGAAAAGCAGUCUUCUCAAUUGAAGUUCAUGACUUCAUCAAAUCCUUCACCCAAGGAUUCAAGUGUCAAGAAAAAGAAGCAGAAUGCUUGUCAUGAAGAGAAUCCUCGAGAUCUAAAUGCAAGGGCCAAUGAUCAACUAACCCUUGGAGCUGUGGUUCAUAAAGAGACUGGAAACAUUGACAGCUCAUGGUCUUUUCUUAUGGAAUCACUCUCAGACUCGGAUCAUGAUGAUGGUAAUGAAAAUGAGCAAGAGAAGGAGGGCCUAACACACCAACUUCAAGCUUCCCUAUCGCAAGAAACUGAACAAAUAAUAGCUAGAAAGGCUUAUGCCAAUCAUAAUAUCAGCUUGGGGGAUAUAAUGGAUUUCAUGAUAGUCAAUUUGAAUCCACUUUCUCCUCUCUCAGUCUCCCCAGCUCCAUCUCCAGGCCACCCCUCACUGAAGAGGCUGAACUCAGAAGGUUUUGACUUCUGCUCAAAUGAAGAAGAUGAGGCAAUGACCCAAGAAAUAUCUUUGACCUCUGAUAUUUCCAAUGAGCCAUUAGGUUCCCUACAUUUACACAUUGGAGGGAAAUCUUCAGAUUUUGAAGGAGGAGUUUUCUCAAGAAUAGGAGAUUCUUUCCCCACAUCUGAGAUUGCUCAUGAGGUGCCUGAUACCAAAGCACUCCAUCUCUCCAUGGGAAUCACCCAUGUUUCAUCCAUGCUUAAUGUAUCUCAUGCCUUCUCGCAUUCCCAAGAUACCAGAAUAGGAAAAACGAGCAAUGAGUUUGGGCAAACAAAAGGCAUAAUGGAUCAAGGGAGCCUAUUUCAAGUUAGAGAUGACACCACAGGGAACAAAAACAAGAUUAAUGAAGAAGCUCAAAGGGUGUCUUCAGGAGCAGCAGAAAAAGAGAAUUCCUCUGAGGGUAUUACUCCUAUGCCUGAAAUAGUGACAAGUUCAAGUGAGCUUGAAAUACAGGGGUCUGAAAAAGGAGAAAGGUUAUUGGAUUAUGUGAAACAGACAACUAGUCUUGAUCAAUCAACUCAAGAAGGGAAUGGUAUUGAGAAUAAUGCAUCAGAAAGUUUCUCUAAAGUCACCAAAGACCAACAGGAGGAAACAAUAGACUGUUUGCUUGAGUCCCCAAGCGAAGUGGCCAAAACUGGGGAAUCUGCAUCAAAUACCAUCCCUGAACCCACAGGAGACCAAAAGGAGAAAGUGGCACAUAAUGAGUCAGAACUUUCAAAUAAAGACUGCAAAAAGGAUGCUCAGAGAUCUGAUGCAGAGCCUUAUAGGAUUAUCACAAAAGAGUUGAGAUCUUCAAACUCAAACACAACUUUGAUGCCAUCCAAAGACCAAGGAGAAGAGCAGAUUCCACAAGUAUUACCUGUUGAAUCCUCUUCUAUGAAAGAGAAUGUAGUGCGAAGUAAUGAAAAUACUGGUAAGGACACUUGGCAUUCUCAUGUCAGACCAAUCCAGAUGCCAACAGAAAAUAAACGGAGUUCCUUGAGCCCAGUUAAACAAUACAAAGAUCUUAGAGAUGAGCAGAUUCAAGGAAGUUCAUCAGUUGAAUCCCUUGAUGUGAGAGAGACUGGAGUGCAGAGAAGACAACGAAGGAGCAGCAGUGAGUCACUGAUCCGUCCAUCAGUGAUCUGCUGCAGCAUCCGUAGUAGCCCCCACUCGGUUCGUCUUUCUGUUAUCCAUUCCCUCAGAUUAGGCAACUCCUUUGAUGAGAAGUCAACCAUAGAUCCUGCUGAUUCUGGGGAAUGCAUUCAGAAGGAUGCAGUACUUGAAGCAUCCUCAGGUGAAUCUGUUAUCAUGUCUCAGUGUCUGGAAAAGGAUAAAGGUUCUCCUUUGUUAGAUUCUAAUGACAAAGGUCCAAGCAAUUUGGACAAAUUGCCCACUCCAGCUGCUGCAUCAUUACCCUCUUCUUGUAGCAGUUGUAGAAGUGGUGAGAUUCUUGAUGGAACUGCUAGCCUCCCAGUAGCUAAAAAGAAAAGAUCUUUCAGUUCACAAUGUUCUAAAUUUAAGUUGCCUUCUGUCCAAACUAGCCAUGACUUUGCUCAUGAAAUAUUUUCUGGUCCUAAUCAUCAUGAAGUGCUUUUUCCCAAAAGAAGAACUAGUAUUGCUUCUGAAAGACCUUGUGCAAAUGAGACCAAGGUUCCUUCACCCAAAACAAAGCUUCGGGCACUGGAUCAGCUGACUGUUGAUGAAAGGGUAUUAGGAAAUAGCCAUGAAAUAGCCAAUAAUGAUUCUGCCAUUGCAAAGUUCUGCAAGGACUUACAAAGGCCAUCAUCAUCAGUUAAUGUAGGUACCAGUGGUGAAAAUGGGGAAGGGACCCUAAAACAGAUAAGAAUACCUUCUGAAAAGCAGAAUAAUACUGAAUCUCAAACACAGAGGCGAUCUCAUCAAAUGGCAUUCAAUAAGAAGUUGCUACAUCAGCGUAGAUCUCCACGUCUCUCCCAGCCGCCUCCUAGGGAAUCACCAUCUCAUCGCAGAUCAGCUCAUUCCUUGGAAUCAUCAUCUGCAUCAUGUGAUAUUCAGCCAUCUUAUAAGUCCACUCUUCCUACUGAUUCACAAUCACCACUCACCCAUGGAUCAUCCAAGCCACCUUCAGGCUGCAGAUCAUCCCAUCCAUUAGAAUUUUCAGAUGCAACUCCCGACCUGCAGUCUUGUCAUAGAUGUUCAAGUUGUAAACCACUUUGCAAUGAUUCUGAGUCACCACUUCCAGACAUUUCAUGUCUUCGACAAUUACUGCAUCCUUCUAUGUCACCAAACGGUUCACCAUCCCAGCGAAGAUCAUCCCGCCUAAUGAGUGCAUCUUAUCAGCACCUCAUCAUAUCAUCAUAUCAGCGUGUUGUACCAAAUGAGUCUGUAUUGAAAGCUGAUGUCUCAUCAUGGCAACCAGACCCAGUUGUUCAGAAGAGGAAUGGAAAAAGAACAAAAUGUAUGACACCACCAGAAGGAUCUGAGGACCAGGGAUUUUUGGUUGGGGCAGGGAAACCAUUGACAAGCUUUGCUCCAUAUCAUUGUUUAUCAGAUAAUGAGUUGGAUGAGAGAGACUGCCCACCAAAGAAAAAGGGGAGAAUGGAGACAGAAAUGAAGAAGAAAAGGAGAGCCAUAUCAGACAGCAAGCCUGAGGAAAAGUCAGUUGAGCCUCUGGAUAGAGAUAUGCAUGUGGGAGGAGAAGAAAACCCUACUGAGGGGGAAGAGAAGAAGAAAGUAUUUCAGAGAUGGUUUUCUGACAUGAAUAUUGUUUCUGUAAAGUCUCAAGAAAGUGGACGAGGUCAGCAUAUCAAAGAACUUUUUGGCCUUGACUCAGGAAAACCUAAUGCACUAAGGAAGCCUAUAGGCAGGCAUGAAAAACACAGUGAAACAAAGAAGAAACAGUUGCAGAAGAAGGUGCAAGAGAUGGAACAGAAACAAGACUGCAAGAAGAAGCAGGAGCAAGAGUUUGAGAAGCAGCUUCUGCACAAUCUGGAGCAUGAGCAAGAGGAACAGCAACAGCAACAGCCCAAGAAGCAAGAACAAGAGGAUAAACUGCAUUUCAGCCACAAGUCCUUGCAAGAGGAAGAGUUUCAGUUUGAAGGCAAUGUUAACAAAAAGGCACAAAUAAAGGAAAAGGUUAAUAAAUGCAAUGUAGAAUAUACAGAGAAUAAGGGCACAUUAGGCAUUGAGACAGAGAAAGACAAGCAAGAGCUUCUCAUCACAUCUCAAAAUAAGUGUCAUCAAAUGUCUCUGCAGAUGGCAGAGGAAAAAUUGCAGGAGGUAGCAGGACAGGUGAUGACCCAAUCUUUGGAUGGGGUAAGUUGCCCAUCAAGUUUGACCAAAAAGUCUGGCCAAGAUUGGGUAAAGAGGAAGUGCAGCCGUGUCUUGGACUUAUUUGGAACUGAUUCAGAAAAUGCUGUCCAGGUGAAGGUUGUCCAACAGAAAGAAUCGAUGUCCCAAGAGUCACACAGGUCUGUGCUGUGCGAUAUUUCAUCAGAUUCUGAAGUUGAAAGUCUGUUGGAAAGUGAAGAUUCUGAAGGUACUGAUGCAGACCUAGUGAUAGAUGUACCUGAAGAUGACUCCCAACUAAGGAAGAAUGUCCAGUUAGAGGACAAAGGUGGUCAGAAAGGGGCCAAAGGAAAAGGAGAGCAAUAUGUUGGAAGAUGGCCUGAAACUCAUUUGAAGAACCUGAAUGGAGAGAAUCUACUUUCUCUCCUGUCUGUCUUCAAUUCCCUCAAGAUCCCUAAAGCACCUUAUCUGAAUGCUGAUCAAGGGAAGUACUUGAUGAAGCUCUUCAUUCUUAUAUGGGAAGAUCCAUCCUGGUUUUUGCCAAAAUCACUUCUGUUCCCCACUGAGACUAUUGCCAGGUACAUGGUGCAGUUCAUUGUGAGGCAUGCAACAAUGCAUCCUGGAGAUGCGGGUACAGGCUGUCAGAAUGUUGGGCUUCUGAGGUUGGCCCGGGCAGCCAUCAAUCUUGAGCUGCAGCCCAGAUAUUGUGGACUUUUGAAUUCCCUUCUUUUUCGCCUCACCUGUGCCAUUAGGAACCCAACUCCCUGGUGCUCUCCAGCCAUGAACCAGCCCUACCCUCUUACUAAGGAGCAAGUUCGCCUGCUUCUUCUUUAUGACUUCCGAAUCAAGAAGAAGGCAGCCAAUUCCAUCGCUGACAUCAAUACCGCGUUUGGCCCAGACACUGUGUCCAAGAGCACUGCCUAUGAUUGGACAGUAAUGGAACCCAUGCAUGCCAUUUUAUCGUUCUGCUACUACUCCUUCCGAAAAAUAGAGGAGAUUGGAGAGGAAAGGCUGUUAUGGCUGGUGGAGUUUGAGACACUCUUGUGUAAAGAGAAGGGAUGGGCAGAUAUUGUUGCCAUGCAGUCUCUUGCCCUCCUCACUUCUCUUGCUCGCUCUCCUGUGAGAGACCUCGUCCCCACCCUGAUAUCUCAUUCCCUUGACAUCUGGCCAGACGUCCUUACUGUUCCAUCAUCUUCUCCAGACUCAUUCCAUUUUGGUAUGUUAGACUAUUACUGA